GUGACCAUGGAGAUAUGUAAACAACAGUCCGGACUAGGCGCUUAAUGGCUAAAAUAACGGAGUCAGGGGUUUCUUUGCCCAAGCUGAGAAGUUACAAAAGUUCGAAGGCCUACUACGAGAUGGUGUGGGGAUGGCUGACAGAGUGACUGUGCCAGCUCAUCAAUGACGUGUGCUUGGUGAAAGCCAAGGUACUUCCAGAGACAUGCACACACGCUGCUGAGUUGUUCUUUCUCUUCGAAGCCACAGCCAAGUCGAGGGACUUCAAAACAUAUUGGCAAUGUCGAAGAAAACAGGAUAUGGACAUCACAAAAAAGACACCUCGUUGGGCCAUCCACAGACACUCAGUCAAUCCACAUUGUACAGCAGCAAUGAUCAGCCCAGAAAACUGAACAGUUUUUCAGCGGAGACGCCCACUUACCAGAACCUGCACCGGGAGCUGCUUCUUAGUCAUAAAAGGGGCCUGAUUCUGGAGGAGAAGCCUGAAUUGAAGCGAGUGCUGGAGCAACGGCGACUGGAGCUGCACAAGGAGCAGGAGAUGGCUCAACAGCAGCCGUCGGACCUGGAGACGGAGCUCCGCAAGAGGCAGCAGAAGCUAAAAGAGUAUGAGCAGGAGGAGAUCAGGCAAAAAGAGAGCGAGCAGAAGAUACCAGAGUUUGUUCGCGUGAAGGACAACCUGAGACGCACACAGAUGUCCGAGCAGUGAGGGCCAGAACAACCUGCAACAACCUUCUCCCUGCAUGUGUCACACCCAUCUUUACAUGUCAUUGUGUUUGUUUGUUAAAGUGUGUUCAAGGAAUCACCCGCACCAGAAAACACAUUCUAGCGUUAUUCACUCUUCUGUUUGUGUUUAUUAUGGAGAUCAGGUAAAGUUAUCGCAACAUUGAAGGUUUUUUUUUUAAAUGUAUUUUUUACUGUCAUGAUGUUAUUUAUUGUUUUAAUCAUCUGUUUUUUUUUUCUUUUGUUCAGUGGCAGAGCCCUGCCUGUCCUGUGAGACAUUUCCAGGAUGUUUUGUGUCAGCGUGUCUGAACCAAACAAUGCACAUCCCUCAGUGUUACAAAUUGAAUUGUUUCUGUCUGGACUUUUGGUUUGUUUUACGUGUCCCAGAGU